GCAGCAGCGGCUGCUUCGGCCAACAGAGGGUGGCGCGAUGGGAGACGAGAUGGAUGCCAUGAUCCCCGAGCGGGAGAUGAAGGAUUUUCAGUUUAGAGCCCUGAAGAAGGUGAGAAUCUUUGACUCCCCUGAGGAGUUGCCCAAGGAACGCUCGAGUCUGCUAGCCGUGUCCAACAAGUAUGGCCUGGUCUUUGCUGGUGGAGCCAGUGGAUUGCAGAUUUUUCCUACCAAAAAUCUUCUUAUUCAAAAUAAACCUGGUGAUGAUCCCAACAAGAUAGUUGAUAAAGUUCAAAGCUUACUGGUUCCUAUGAAAUUCCCGAUACAUCACUUGGCCCUGAGCUGUGAUAACCUCACACUCUCCGUGUGCAUGAUGUCCAGUGAAUAUGGUUCCAUUAUCGCUUUCUUUGAUGUUCGCACAUUUUCAAAUGAGGCUAAACAGCAAAAACGCCCAUUUGCCUAUCAUAAGCUUUUGAAAGACGCAGGAGGCAUGGUGAUCGAUAUGAAGUGGAACCCCACUGUUGCCUCCAUGAUGGCAGUUUGUCUGGCCGAUGGCAGCAUUGCUGUCCUACAAAUCACAGAAACAGUGAAAGUGUGUGCGACUCUCCCUUCCACGGUGGCAGUAACAUCUGUGUGCUGGAGCCCCAAAGGGAAGCAGCUGGCUGUGGGGAAACAAGAUGGAACCGUGGUCCAGUAUCUUCCCACUUUGCAGGAGAAAAAAGUCAUUCCUUGUCCUCCGUUUUAUGAGUCAGAUCAUCCUGUCAGAGUUCUGGAUGUGCUGUGGAUCGGUACUUACGUCUUCACAAUCGUCUAUGCUGCUGCAGAUGGGACCCUGGAAACUUCUCCAGAUGUGGUGAUGGCUCUCCUCCCGAAAAAAGAAGAAAAGCACCCAGAGAUAUUUGUGAACUUUAUGGAGCCCUGCUAUGGUAGCUGCACGGAGAGGAAACACCAUUACUACCUCAGUUACAUUGAAGAAUGGGAUUUAGUGCUGGCAGCAUCCGCAGCUUCAACAGAAGUCAGUAUCCUUGCUCGACAAACAGAUCAGGUUAAUUGGGAAUCUUGGCUCCUGGAGGAUUCUAGUCGAGCUGAACUGCCUGUAACAGACAAGAGUGAUGACUCACUACCCAUGGGAGUUGCCAUAGACUAUACUAACCAAGUGGAAAUCACCAUCAAUGACGAGAAGACUCUCCCUCCUGCUCCAGUUCUUAUGUUGCUUUCAACAGAUGGUGUGCUUUGUCCAUUUUAUAUGAUCAAUCAAAAUCCUGGGGUUAGGUCCCUCAUCAAGACGCCAGAGCGGCUCUCAUUAGAAGGAGAGCGACAGCCUAAGUCGUCAGGGAGUACCCCCACUACUCCAACCUCCUCUCAAGCCCCGCAGAAGCUCGACGCUCCAGCCCCUGCGGCCCCAGUCUCUGGUCCACCUCCAUCGCUGGCCACUCCCCCUUCCACCUUCUCUUUGCCUUCUGUUGGAGCCCCUACUGUGUUCUCCUUUGGCUCUUCGUCCCUGAAGCCAUCUGGUUCUGCCACAGGGGAGCCCCCUCCGUAUUCCGGUGGUUCUGGCACAUCUACCUUCUCUUUUGCUCCUCCUUCUCAAGCCUCCGUAGCGUCCACCCCUGUGGCCUCUCCCAUGGUGCCAUCCGCCAGCACGUUCUCCUUUGGAUCAUCGGGUUUUAAGCCCGCCCUGGAAAGCACACCGAUGCCAAGUGUGUCUGCUCCAAACAUAGGAAUGAAGCCCUCCUUCCCACCCUCGGCCUCUGCAGUCAAGGUCAACCUUAGUGAGAAGUUCACUGCCGUGGCUCCCUCCAGCCCUGCCAUCGGCUCCCAGGCUGCACCUGCGACGCUGUCGUUCCCCUCUGCCUCCAAGCCGGCUGCUUCCGGACCUCUCAGCCACCCCACUCCCCUCUCGGCAUCCAGCUCUGUGUCGUCAAAGUCCUCGGUCUCUCCCUCGGCAUCAGGGCGAUCUGCUCAGGGCAGCCCGGGCCCAGCGUCCUCAAUGGUACAGAAGUCACCCAGGAUAACCCCUCCAGUGGCAAAGUCAGGCUCUCCCCAGGCAAAAUCACUUCAGCCUCCUGUUACGGAAAAGCAGGGCCAUCCGUGGAAAGAGUCAGAUCCUGUGAUGGCUGGAAUCGGGGAGGAGAUCGCACACUUUCAGAAGGAGUUGGGAGAGCUGAAAGCCCGCACUUCCAAAGCUUGUUUCCAAGUGGGCACUUCGGAGGAGAUGAAGAUUCUGCGAACGGAAUCCGACGACCUGCACACUUUCCUUCUGGAGAUUAAAGAGACCACAGAGUCUCUUCAUGGAGAUAUAAGUACCCUGAAAACAACCUUACUUGAGGGCUUUGCUGGCGUUGAAGAAGCCAGAGAGCAAAAUGAGAGAAAUUGUGACUCUGGAUAUGUGCACUUGCUCUACAAGAGACCCCUGGAUCCCAAGAGCGAAGCAAAGCUCCAGGAGAUCCGGCGCCUCCAUCAGUAUGUGAAAUUUGCCGUCCAAGAUGUGAAUGACGUGCUGGACUUGGAAUGGGAUCGGCAUCUGGAACAAAAGAGAAAACAAAAGCGCUUGCUGGUCCCGGAGCGAGAGACGCUGUUCAACACCCUCGCCAACAACCGGGAAAUCAUCAACCAGCAGAGGAAGAGGUUGAACCAACUGGUGGACAGUCUCCAGCAGCUCCGUCUCUAUAACCAGACCUCCCAGUGGAGCCUCCCCUCGGACGUUAGCUCCCAGAGCAGCCCUCACAGUUUUGACAGUGACCUCGAAAGUCUCCGCAAUGCCUUGUUGAAAACCAGCAUAGAAUCCCACACCAAGCCCUUGCCCAGAGUGCCGGCCAAACUGUCCCCCGUGAAACAAGCACAACUGAGAAACUUCUUGGCCAAGAGGAAGACGCCCCCAGUGAGAUCCACCGCUCCAGCCAGCCUGUCUCGGUCAGCCUUCCUGUCGCAGAGAUACUAUGAAGACUUGGACGAAGCCAGCUCCACGUCGUCCGUGUCCCAGUCGUUGGAGAGCGAAGACACGCGGGCAUCCUGUAAGGACGAAGACGCGGCGGUGCAGGCCCCUCGGCACGCGCCUGUGGUUCGCACCCCUUCUAUCCAGCCCGGCGUCUUGCCGCAGGCAGCGCCUUUUGCCAAAUCUCACCUGAUUCAUGGUUCGCCCGGCGUGAUGGGAACUUCAGUGUCUACGUCUACCAGCAAACUUAUUCCUCAAGGGGCCGAUAGCACGAUGCUUGCAACAAAAACCGUGAAACACGGCGCACCUGGUCCUUCCCACCCCAUCUCGGCUCCCCAGGCGGCCGCCGCUGCAGCGCUGAGACGGCAGAUGGCCAGUCAGGCCCCAGCUGUAAGUACUUUGACUGAAUCAACUCUGAAGAACGUCCCUCAAGUGGUAAACGUGCAGGAACUGAAGAACAAUCCUGGAGCCCCCUCUGCUGCGAUGGGCUCUUCGGUGCCAUACCCUGCAGCCAAAGCGCCCCACCCAGCGGUGACUCCGGCAGCUGCCAACCCGGCUAAACAGGGAUCUCUAAUAAAUUCCCUAAAGCCGUCGGGGCCCACGCCAGUGUCCGGUCAGUUGUCAUCUGGUGAUAAAGCCUCAGGGGCAUCCAAGAUAGAAACAGCUGUGACUUCUACCCCAUCUGCUGCUGGGCAGUUCAGCAAGCCUUUCUCAUUUUCUCCAUCAGGGACUGGCUUUAAUUUUGGGAUAAUCACACCAACCCCGUCUUCUAAUGUCACUGCCGCACAAGGGGCAGCACCCCCCACUAAAGAGCCAAACCAGCUCGACGCGUUCCCGUUUGGUGGGGGAGGCAAACCCUUCUAUGAGACGGUUCCUGAAAGCUCGCCGCCCUCGGGGAUGACCGCAUCAACCACCACUGGAGCCACCGCUGCCUCUCCGGCAGAGUCUGCGCCUUCAAGCAGCAGACCUGUGGCCCCUUCUGGAAUCGCUCUCUCCACCACCUCUAGCAAGCCGGAACCCCCGCCAUCCAAGUUGGGAGAGCUUCUGUUUCCGAGUUCUUUGGCUGGAGAGACUUUGGGCAGUUUUUCAGGACUGCGGGUUGGCCAAGCAGAUGAUUCUACAAAGCCAGCCAUGAAGGCUCCAUCCACAGGCCUGACUAGCGCACAGCCAACCAAGACUUCAACCGUCCCCUCGGGGUUUAGUUUUACCAGCCCUCCCGUGUUAGGGAAGCACGCAGAACCCCCCCAGCCCUCUUCCAGCGGGAGCGUGUUUGGGUCUGGAAACACUGGAAGAGGGGGAGGUUUCUUCAGUGGCCUUGGAGGGAAACCCAGCCUGGAUGCGGCCAACAAAAACCCAUUCAGCUCGGCCAGCGGGGGCUUUGGGUCUGCAGCCACUCCAAAUACCUCUAAUCUAUUCGGAAACAGCGGGGCCAAGACAUUCGGUGGAUUUGCCAGCUCGUCGUUUGGAGAGCAGAAACCUGCCGGCACUUUCAGCUCUGGAGGAGGAAGUGUGGCAUCCCAAGGCUUCGGGUUCUCGACUCCAAAUAAAACAGGUGGCUUCGGUGCUGCUCCAGUGUUUGGCAGCCCUCCUACUUUUGGGGGAUCCCCUGGGUUUGGAGGGGUGCCAGCAUUCGGUUCAGCCCCAGCCUUUACAAGCCCUCUGGGCUCGACGGGAGGCAAAGUGUUCGGAGAGGGUACUGCAGCCGCCAGCGCAGGAGGAUUCGGACCCGCAGAGUGGAUAGCAGACCACGUGUGUGAUGCUUUUACCCGUGCCACACUCCUGCACUCCCGCACCUUGGAGAGGCAGUGGCACUCGUUUAUAAACGAAGACAAAAACUCCAAGAGGCCUAUUUACCCAAAGGGCCAGAGAGUGAGCCGCAGGGCCAGGCCUAGACCUAAGUGUCUUCACUGCUCUGGCCUCACCGAGAAGCGGCAAGUGAUGGGAGAAGAAAAACGUAGUUUCCUAAUGAAAGGGGUCCGUGUGGCCCCAGGGCAGCCGAGCGGGAGGCGCCGUGCCAGGGACCCGCUGCCCACUGUUGGCGUGGGGGAGGGAAGAACCCAGGAGCGCCCCCCACCUUCGUCGUGGCCUGCAGGAUUCAGCUUUGGAUCGUCUAACUCGUCUGUCCAGGGCUUCGGUGGCUGGAGAAGCUGAGUGGGUGUCCGUGUUCCUUCCUGGGACCAACUGCAUUCUGGGCUCCUCGUCACCGAGCAACACUGGAGCAGUCCUUUAACGUGGACAUUCUCACUGCAGCACACCCAGAAACAGCAGAAACCAAAACUCCAGAGACGCUUGACCGCUUGUCUGUUUUGCUGUCGAUUUCGUGUUGGUUGUCCCGUCCCCCUUCCUGGCCCCCCUCUAUUAAACUCUUUGGUUUGUUUC